AUGCAACCUUUUAGAGAGGUACUUGAUGACUGUGGGUUCAUGGAAAUGGGUUUUGUUGGUGCACCGUUUACAUGGCACAAGCACUAUGCAGACUAUACAGUUUGGGAGAGAUUAGAUCGAGCGGUUGCUACUAAUGACUGGUUUUCAAUGUUCCCGGGUACUAAAAUUCAUCACUUGGAUGUCACUACCUCGGACCAUAAGGCUUUGUGGAUCGUCCCUGAAAAGAUGGAGUGUGGUUUUCAAAAGCCCUUCCGUUUUGAACAAAUGUGGAUGACGGAUAGUGGAUGCACAAAUACUAUAGAAGCAGUUUGGAGAAAACAUACGGAGGAGCCGUGGGACACAAAAAUUGUCAUCAAGAUAGAUCAUUGUGGUAAGGCACUUACACGUUGGAGCAGACCCGAUCACUUGGAAGAAGUUAUAGAUGUUAUUCCUGAGGUAGUCACUACUGAGAUGAAUGCAAGCUUAACUUCUGAAUUUACAGCUUUGGAGGUGGAAGUAGCAUUGAAACAAAUGGCCCCCUUAAAGGCCCCCGGCCCUGACGGUUCUUUACCUGCUGCCCUUGGUCAUUCUUUUGUUACUUUGAUUCCUAAAGUGAAAAAUCCGGAGUCAGUGUCACAAUUUAGGCCUAUCAAUCUGAGUAAUGUUCUAUACAGGGUGUUUUCUAAAGUCUUGGCAAACAGGCUGAAGAAAAUAAUGCCACAGCUUAUCUCAGAGCAUCAAAGUGCUUUCCUCUCUGAUCGUUUGAUUACAGAUAAUAUCAUGGUAGUGUUUGAAACUUUGCACUACAUGAGAAAUCACUAUGCAGGUAAGACUGGGUACAUGGCUCUAAAACUUGACAUGAGUAAGGCCUAUGAUAGAGUGGAGUGGGAGUUUAUGGAGAAAGUGAUGAGAAAGAUGGGUUUUAAUAAUCGUUGGGUGGAUCUAAUGAUGGAAUGUAUUACUACAACUUCCUACUCUAUUCUUAUUAAUGGUGAGCCUCAUGGAAAUAUCAAGGCAAGUAGGGGUCUUCGACAAGGCGACCCUCUCUCUCCAUACCUCUUCCUUAUGUGCACCGAGGGACUUCAUGGACUAAUAAAAAAGGCAGCAAGCAUUGGGGAUAUUAAGGGUGUUUCUUUAUGUCGUAAUGGCCCUAAACUAACACAUCUCCUCUUUGUAGAUGAUAGCCUAAUUUUUUGCAAGGCUAAGGAAGAUGAAUGCUUAAAGUUGCUUGAGAUUUUGGCGACCUAUGAGAGAGCCUCGGGGCAGAAAAUUAAUAGGGCUAAAACAACUCUCUUUUUCAGUAAAUCAACCUCAGAUGAUGUGCAAGAGGUGAUCAAAGAGGCUCUUAAGGUACAGGUGGUUCAACAAUAUGAAAAGUAUUUAGGUCUACCUUCUUCUGUGGGUAGAAAGAAAAAGGAGAGUUUUGCCAAUCUAAAGCAAAGAAUUUGGAAGAAAUUGCAAGGAUGGGAAGCUAAACUACUAUCACAGGCGGGGCGAGAAAUUUUACUCAAAGCGGUUGGACAAGCACUCCCUACCUAUACGAUGUCUUGUUUCAAGCUACCAAUCACUCUUUGUCAUGAGAUUGAAGCUUUGAUCCGAAAAUUCUAUUGGGGGCAACGUGGAGAUGCUAGGAAGAUACAUUGGGUAAAGUGGCAAGAGUUGUGCAAGCCAAAGUCACAAGGUGGUUUGGGCUUUAAGGACCUCUCCCGGUGGCUGCUAGGGGCGGUCAAUAAUAAAAUCAUCUCCCCUGCUAUUGUAGCAAAUAAUAAUGCCACGGUUAGCUCCUUGAUUGAUCAGACCAGCAAAGAAUGGAAAGGGGAACUUAUUGACUCCUAUUUCUUUGAGUGGGAAGCUAAUAUCAUCAAGAACAUACCUCUUUACUGUUCUAUUCAGGAGGAUGUAUUGAUAUGGCCUUUUAGCCCGGACAGAGAGUAUACGGUGCAAACAGGAUAUAAGUUUCUGCAACAACAAUACAUGGCUAGUGAAGCUGGCUCCUCAGAUGGUACCAAACUUCAAUCCUUGUGGAAGAAGAUUUGGGGGUUAAAAGUUCCUAGGAAGGUUAAACAUUUGGUAUGGCGUGCGUGCAAGAAUGCGCUGCCCACCAAGACAAAUUUGCUAAAGCGCCAAGUGGUUACCAAUGCUGUAUGUGAGCUGUGUAACCUGCACAAUGAAGACUCAGCCUAUGCCUUAUAUCAUUGCCCAAAACUGGAGAACCUUUGGCAGAGUACCUCCUUAUGGUGUCAUAGCACCAUCAAGCAAUGCAGCAAUUUUUUAGAAAUAAUGUUUGUUGUUUGUGUAGAUGGUAGGGACUCGGAGCUGUUCUCAUCAAUGGCUUGGACGUUGUGGAAUAGAAGGAACAAUAUCAGGCUUGGGAGACCCGUUGUCCCACUGGAGCAAGUGCUGAACAAAGCCCGUGAUCUCAAGUUGGGCUGCUUACCCAAUCCUACAACGGUAACAGCAAUGUCGAAACAGCCAAUGACAGCGUGGACACCUCUAACUUUCCACGCCUACAAGGUUAACUUCGACGGCGCACUCUUUGAACGCGAAAACAGAGCUGGUCUGGGAGUAGUCAUACGGAACCAUGAUGGCUUAGUGAUGGCCUCACUGUCUGAUGUUGUUCCGCUGCCGGCCAUAGUCAUUGAAGUGGAAACUUUGGCAGCACGCAGAGCUGUGGAGUUUGCACUGGAACUGGGAUUUGAAAAAAUUGUCCUUGAAGGAGACUCCGACGUCUUGAUCAAGCUCUUGAACAGUUGCAGCAGGUCUUUGGCGCCCUUUGGUCAUCUUAUCAAUGAUAUUAUGUUUCUUGCUUCGCGCUUCACUUGCUUUAGAGCUACACACGUCCGAAGACAUUGUAAUAAGGUUGCUUAUUUACUAGCUAGAAAAGCAAUCUCAUUCUCCCCUUUGUCCGUCUGGAUGGAAGAUGUUCCACCAGACCUUUUAUCUGUUAUCCAGGCUGAUUUGAAUAGCCGUCCUUAA